CGCCUUUUUCUGGCCCGGGCUCCUGUGCCUGCUCGGUGCCGCACGGGUGGGCCGCGCCGGCGCCGGCUGCGAGCUGGAGGGCUGGGUCAGCGACCAGGCGGCGCCUGGCGGGGGCGAGGAUGGCUACCACGUGCUGUGCGUCCUCGAUGCCAGCGUGGCGCUCGUGUACCAGGGCGGCGUGGCGAGCGAGGCGCCCCUGCGCGUGACCCUGGACGGCGACGGCGGGGACGCCCUGCGCGCGAGCCUCGGUGGCGUCCUGAGGUUUGGAGAAACGAUCCAGUACGAGGUGCAAGGGAAGCCGCCGAUGAAGUGGAAGAGGCGCCCCUGGGCGCUGUUCACCGCCAAGGGGCAGCAGUUGCCCGUCGGGAAGGAGGCCGCCCUGCUGGCCAAGGCCUUCCAGAGCCGGCGGAGGCCCAUGACGCUGCUGCUCUUCGAGGGGGGCGCCUGGCGCUGGCCGACGAUCCGCGUGGGCUACGAGAGGCCCGUCAUGAGGGGCAUCAAGCUGACCACAGUGGCCCGCCAGCCUGCCCUGUUCGAGGUGGUCAUCGACCGCGACAGGGCCACCGCGGCCGACGGCGGCGGCGAGGGCGAGGAGCAGCUCAGCAGGGGGCUCCUGUCCGACGUUGUCGAGGUGGCGAAGCCCCAGCUGGCGAAGCAGCAGAACUCCGGCGGGGUCCGGACCAGCCAGCAGGCGUUCCUCGAGUACGACCGGGACCCCAAGCUGCAGACCCUCCGCGAGGGCACCGCGCUCCUGGCGCGGGUCCCGGAGGAGAACCUGGAGAGCCUGCAGGUGGUGAGAUACAGCACGGACCAGUUCUACGACGCCCACCGCGACUACUGGGACCCUCGGGAGUUCCCGAACCCGAAGCAGUUCACCGACAGAGAUGGCUACUGGAAUCAGCGGCACGCGACGCUGCUGUGGUACCUGCAGAUGCCGGAGGCGGGUGGCCAGACGUGGUUCCCCAGGGCUUCGGGCGGCCUUACCGGCCGAUACCCUACGGCGCGUGGCUCGCGUGCGACGGCCGGGGCGCGAGCGUGCACCCGACCAACGCCUCCGCGGUGCUGUUCUACAACCUGA